UGCUCUGGCCAGAUGGAGGGGGAGAGCGAGAGAGAAUGAGCCUCACGCCUCUUCUUUCCUUGCGCUCAAGAGCUGUGUGUUUUCAACAGAGCCUCCUAAUCAACUUUAGCUCUCGAGCAGUCUGAGAAAGUCCUUCAUGUUGAGCAAGAGACGAACCAAAAGAGAUCUGCAUGCCGAACUCUAAAGCGCAGGCUCUUUUCCCCAGUCAUGGGAUGCAUGUUCUCUUUGCCUCAGGACAGACUGGACGCCGCAGAGAGAACAGCACCAAUACGUGAGACCAGCUUUAUUGAGAAAAUGAAGAAAACGAAUCGAAGCGUUGUGGUGUUUUACGGAUCCCAAACAGGGACUGGUGAAGAAUUUGCUAACCGACUUUCAAAAGAUGCCCAUCGCUAUGGCAUGAAAGGGAUGGCAGCUGACCCAGAGGAGUAUGACAUGUCUGAGUUGUCCCGACUGAAAGAGAUUCCUAAAUCGAUGGCUGUGUUCUGCAUGGCAACCUAUGGAGAGGGAGACCCUACAGACAACGCUCAGGAGUUCUAUGAUUGGUUGCAAGGGACAGAUGACGAUCUGGAGGGGGUUAAUUUUGCUGUGUUUGGUUUAGGAAAUAAAACAUAUGAGCACUACAAUGCCAUGGGCAAGUACACAGACAAGAGACUUGCUGAACUUGGUGGGAAAAGAGUCUUUGACUUGGGCCUCGGCGAUGACGACAGCAACUUGGAGGAGGACUUUAUAUCUUGGAAGGAGCAGUUUUGGCCUGCGGUGUGUGAGUAUUUUGGCGUGGAGGCCACUGGAGAGGACAGCAGCAUUCGGCAGUUUGAACUGGUGGUUCAUAAUGACAUCAAUAUGAAUCAAGUGUACACCGGAGAGAUGGGCCGCCUCAAAAGCUUUCAGACGCAGAAACCACCGUUUGAUGCCAAGAACCCUUUCCUUGCAUCCGUGGCUGUUAAUCGUAAGCUGAACAAAGGAGGAAACCGCCAUCUGAUGCAUAUCGAGUUAGACAUCACUGAGUCCAAGAUCAGAUAUGAUUCUGGAGAUCAUGUUGCUGUUUACCCCACCAAUGAUUCUGCUAUGGUCAACAGAAUAGGAGAGAGACUUGGAGUAGAUCUCGAUGCUGUAAUCUCUCUCAAAAAUCUGGACGAGGAGUCCAAUAAAAAGCACCCUUUCCCCUGUCCCACCACAUAUCGCACUGCACUGACCCACUACCUCGACAUCAACAACAUGCCCCGUACGAAUGUGCUGUAUGAGCUGGCGCAGUAUGCCUCGGAUCCGCAGGAACAGGAGAACAUGCGCAAGAUGGCAUCUGCGUCGCCUGAAGGAAAGGCUCUCUACCAAAGUUGGGUUCUGGAUUCGGAGAGGAACAUAUUGGCUAUUCUAGAGGAUCUGCCUUCGCUGAAUCCUCCUAUAGAUCACCUGUGUGAGUUGCUGCCUCGGCUUCAGGCUCGGUACUACUCCAUCGCCUCCUCCAGCAAGGUUCAUCCACACUGCAUCCACAUCUGUGCAGUGGUGAUCGAGUACAACACCAAAACUGGACGAGUCUUCAAAGGUGUCGCCACCAACUGGCUGAAGGGCAAACAUGUGACUGAUAACGGCCACAAGCCCACCGUUCCAAUGUACGUCAGGAGAUCCCAGUUCCGGCUGCCGUUCAAACCCAGUAACCCUGUGAUCAUGAUUGGUCCCGGGACUGGUAUCGCCCCCUUCAUGGGCUUCAUUCAGGAGAGAGCCUGGCAGAAAGAGCAAGGAAAGGAUGUUGGUGAGACGAUACUUUACUUUGGCUGUCGCCAUAGCAACGAAGACUUCCUGUACCAGCAGGAACUGGAGGAAUUUGAGAGGGCAGGCGUGCUGACGCAGCUUAACGUGGCCUUUUCCAGAGACCAGGAGCAAAAGGUCUAUGUGCAGCAUCUUCUGAAGAAAAACAAGCAGCAGUUGUGGAAGCUCAUCCAUACAGAUAAUGCUCAUAUCUACGUUUGUGGAGAUGCUCGUAACAUGGCUAGAGAUGUUCACGCAGCCUUCUCGGAGAUCGCGGAGCAGGAAGGACGCCUGACACACACUCAAGCUCUGGACUAUUUCAAGAAGCUCAUGACCAAGGGCCGCUACUCGCAGGACGUCUGGAGCUAAGCCAACACACACACACACACCUCAAUGUUUGCCACUUUACCUCACACCAUCAUUGCUCCAAAAGCUACAGUUUGAAGCGUUGAAUUUGCCCGGACUGAUUUAUUGCCAUCUUGUGAUGGCUCUUAAUGAUAAAAACACUCCGCAUCACACAGAAUGGCAUAGUUCAGUCUUUUUUCCCUCUAAAUUAGUUUAUGAUAUUCGAAACCUCCUGUAACAGGAAGCUAAGCAGUUUUGGAUGUUAUAACGCACGUACAGUAUAAGCAAAUGUAGGUCAAGGAUGCAAAUGAUUGUUUUUGAGAGAGGCCUUAUACGGAUUAUUAUAUCAUUCUCUAUGGUUUUGUACAACCUUAGAUUUUCUGUGAUGCUACAGAAAAUGAACCAUUUUAGGUCAGUCUUGUUUUUUUUGUUUGAUCAUGUGACUUCUGCUACACAUCGUAACACCUUUUAUGCAUUAUUUCACACUAACGUUGAGUAGCGAUGAAUGCUCAAUUAUGCAAUUCAUCAUUGAAUUAAGUGUUACAUUUAGUUUUUUCGUAUGUUGUCUGAAUAUUUUAGACUAACGCAUUCAUAAAAUAUAUGUCUUUUCCUAACAAGAUGCACUUACGAUAAGAAAGUAGGAUCUUCUUCUGUCUUUACAUCUUUCUCACUGAUUUCUACUUCUGAUUAUAGAAAUUUCCCCCUGGUGAGCAAAAGCUGCAAUUGCAUUAAAAUACCUAGCACUGUGGUUUGGCAUUUAAAAAAGAAAAGCAAAGAAAUGCUUGGUUAAUUUUAAUAUUCAUUCAAAUUGCUUGGUAAAUUGAGAUGUUUUUGUGCAACAAUCAUGCAAUGUUUGAAAAUUUAAAGUUUGUCUUGAGAAUAAAAUGAUUGCAAUUUAGAAAAUGUUUUACUCAUUUCAUUCUUUAAUGUUCAAAAGUAUAUAAAGGUUCAGUAGCAACUGCUGUAUAAAAUAAAAUAAAAAACAUCAAUGGUAGAAAGUGCACAUCUGGAGCCAUUUGAAUUCUGGGAACAAGACUCGAGGUCAAUACAGAAGCCAUUUUCCAUCAUGGGAUAAUAAACUUUUAAAGGGUAAUUGAAACUAUUCAUCUCACAAUUAUGACCCCCAUUAUCAUUUUUUUUUUCAGAAUGAUGAGUUUGUCUUGCAGUUUUGAGAUGUUCACUCACAAUUUGUGAUAUAAACUAAGAUCUGAGUAGGGCUGGGCAAUAAAUCCAUGCAUUGCAAAUCAAUAAACAAUUCUGCAAUGACUCUC